CUCGUGUAGCGAUGUUCCGGUACAUACAAUGUAUAUAAAUAGCUUCCAAUUUUCGCGCGCAAAAGAUACAAUUAGUGUCAGAUAUGACACUUAUCGUUAUUGUUUUGUUACAAUGUAACUUGACGAGAGAGGAAUUAGAUCAAUAGGAAAGAGAAUCUUGUUCUUUCCCAAGCCAUUUAUGUGUCAAAGAGGUUAGGAUAGAAUUAAAUUAACUCGUGCAGAAACUAUAGCUCGCGUGCUUAGUAGUCACGAGUAUAAAGUGCCAUAUUGUAAUGAUAAGAAAGAUUUCUCCACACCCUGACGAUGAGAUAAGACGUUUGAAUCAUUGUUUCGCAUAAAAAAACAAUCGAAUGUGUGAGAGAAUAAUGGCGGUUAGUUCGUCUGUCACUGUAUUAGGCCGCUGACAAUAAUGUGAGAAACGGGCAUCGCUGUACGCCCACACGUCCUAUCGAAUGCCGAUAAGAACAUUGUGAAUUUCUCGUUAACUACUGCAUGUGCCGUGCACGCUCACAAUGAGUAUCUUGCGAAAAAGAUUAAACGAGUUCGACGAUGUUUUGAACGCUGAGGAAAUAGAUCUCGUUAGUCUCAAAAAAUUGUGCUUCCAUGGAAUACCAGAUGAAGGCAGUUUAAGACCAUUAUGUUGGAAACUUUUAUUAAAUUACUUACCUCCAACAAGGGCCAGUUGGUCUGAAACUCUCAUGCGCAAAAGGAUACUUUAUAAAACCUUCAUUGAGGAUCUCAUUGUAACACCAGGUGAAGCUAAUACAGAUGGAGAGAGAAUGGAUGUUACGCUUCACGAUCAUCCUUUAAACUUAAAUCCUGAUAGCAAGUGGCAAACUUAUUUUAAAGACAAUGAAGUUCUCUUGCAAAUAGAUAAAGAUGUUAGGAGACUUUGUCCAGACAUAUCAUUCUUCCAACAAGGUACUGAUUACCCUUGUGAAGAAAUUGUAAAUGCAAGUGGGCAAAAACGUUUGCACCAUAGAGUGCAGCAUACAGUCUUAAGAAGUGCAAAUGUGGAGAGAAAAGGACUUGGUAUUACUAAGAUAGCAGUUUCCAUUAGAAAAGCUGCAGAAGAUUAUGCACCGCUCGCCGAGGGUGGUGAGGCACAUUGGGAAGUCUUAGAAAGAAUACUUUUUCUUUAUGCUAAAUUAAAUCCAGGUCAAGGGUAUGUGCAAGGAAUGAAUGAAAUUGUUGGUCCUAUUUAUCACGCUUUUGCUUGUGAUCCUGAUCAGAAAUGGAGAGAACAUGCAGAGGCAGAUACUUUUUUCUGCUUUACAAAUUUGAUGAGUGAAAUUCGUGACUUUUUUAUCAAAUCACUGGAUGAAGCUGAAUUUGGAAUAAAUUCGAUGAUGAGUAAGCUCACGAAUCAAGUUAAAGCUAAUGACCCCGAGGUUUGGCUGCGCUUACAUCAACAAGAAUUGUGUCCACAAUAUUACAGCUUUAGAUGGUUGACGCUUCUACUUUCACAAGAAUUCCCUUUGCCGGAUGUAAUGAGAAUCUGGGAUUCCUUGUUUGCCGACGAAAACAGAUUCAGUUUCUUGAUACACAUUUGCUGUGCCAUGAUUUUAUUAUUGCGGGACCAAUUACUGGCUGGUGAUUUUGCUACAAACGUUAAACUUUUACAAAAUUUUCCUUCAAUGGAUAUUCAAAUAGUGCUGUCCAAAGCAGCUGCGUUGGCAGGAAAGAGUUUAAACACGCCAUAAUAGAUUGUGUAUGUAAAGUUUCGUAUAACUUUAAAAAAAGUGAACAAAAGAUUUGAAGUGGAAUCUUGGAAACCACCUUAAGGUACAUAUUCUCACUAUCAUUGUUUCCUUUGUCUCGUUCUCUUUUUUAUAUUAUCAAUAUUGAUCUUAUACGUAGGCCUGAGCAUUCUUCCGCGAACAACUUAUCAGAAUUAAAACGUUCAGUCUCGAUAUUUCGUGUAUAAGAGUAUACUUUGUGUAAGGGUUGUUCAGAAGUAAAAUCAAUUUAAACAACAUUUUAUACAUUUGACAAGAUAACAAGAUUGCUAUGUUUGUGUGUAGGAAAUCGAGAUCCGUAGGAUCUGAAUUUGCUCUCUGUUUCCUUAUUAAGCAACGAGGAAUUCUCAAAGAGAAAGAAUGAUUUCUUGGCUGAUUGAAUAUCAUUAUCCUUUUAUACACGUAUAUAGUUAUUUGUUAUAGAUAAAAUAUUGUAUACCGUUGAAAGUAUUUUUGUAAUUCGAUGAUUGUGUUUUCUUUUUUAAGAAAUUGGGAUUGUCUUGUUGUCUAUUUCUAUCUGAAUAAUCAAUUCUUUUCCUGUUAAUUAAAGAUAUAUUAUAGUGUUAAAAGAAUGUUUCGAUUUAAUAUUGUUAUGCUAGCGAUUAAUAUUUUUAUCCUUUUUCUUUAUUUCUUAUUCAUUUGUAUAUAAAUAAAAGGAAAAGGGAAAAGGUAUGGUGUAAUAGGCAGCAUUAAAAAAAGUAAAAAUUGUUAUUAAUAGUAAAAAAGAGUGUUUCCUAUUAUGGACUGUGCUGUGAAUGAAAUAUUCAGCCAUAUUAAAAA